AAUGGCAUUGUAAAAAAAAUACUAAUGUAAGUCAUUGACUAUAUCUAUAUCAUGUCUACUAUGUAUUCUAAAAAAGAUAUUGCAUAACAUAUGUUUAUUACAUAGCCUACUACACACUGUAUAGUUAUAUAGUAUACAGAACACAGUAGUAGCCUACUGAAAAUGAGUUAUUACUUUGGUGAUCGGGGGUACAAUCAAGUGAAGUUUGCAUAUAGCAGCUCACAAACAUGUUUGGUGUCCCAGCAGCAAUUUGGCUGCCUUUUUGACGUGAUGCCAGAGGAACUUGACAGUUAAUAGGACCCUGCAGAGAUCUCAGUCGGACCUUACCUGGUCGCAGACAGUCCCACUUUUUCAACCUGAAGCUGGUGACUUAACGCUCAAUAUCCAACUUCAGACAGACACAAUGGUCUCGUAUUUUAAUUGCCGUUUGUUGCUAGCAUCACUCGUGAUACCGUACACGUUACUGGGAGAGGUGAUAUUUCGCUGUCCCACUUGCACCGCGGAGCGCCAAGCAGCGUGUCCAAAGCUCACGGCCACUUCUUGUACAGAGAUAGUGCGAGAGCCCGGCUGCGGCUGCUGUCCGGUAUGCGCCCGGCAACACGGAGAAUCCUGCGGCGUCUACACGCCAAGAUGCUCCAACGGUCUGAGGUGUUACCCGACUCCGGAUUCCGACAUCAUGCCCUUGGAACAGCUCAUAAAGGGAAUGGGACAAUGUGGCGACAAAAAGGAGAGCGUUGAGCCUCAGCCUACUGUCAGUUACGACAUCAGAGAACACAGUGGGGAAGUCUCUGGAACCAAGGCUCCCUCUCAGCGAAAGCAAACAAAGGAGAACCCCAGACUCAACAAAGACUCGGCCCUGCAGAAGGCUCAGAGUGACAUGAGGAAGACCAUGCGGACCCACCGGCUGGAGGAGGCGCGCACCGUACACCCUCGCACCGGCCAACAGUGUCAGCAGGAGCUGGACAAGAUUCUGGAGGAGAUCUCCAAGAUGACCUUCCUCAAUAACAAGGGCUCGCUGGAGAACCUCUACGAGCUCAAGUUCCCCAACUGCGACAAGGAGGGCCAGUACAACCGCAAGCAGUGUCACAUGUCCACCCACGGCCAGAGGGGCGAGUGCUGGUGUGUGGACCCUCUCACGGGCAUGCAGCUCCAGGCGUCACCCAAAGUGCGCGGGGACCCCAACUGCAGCCAGUACCUCCCGGGCGGAGGACCGGAGACCAAGUCCUCCUCCUCCACCACCACCACUGCCGCUGCUGCUGCUGCCGUGUAGGAGUCUUCGUAGAAAUAAAUGUGCUCUCACAACCUUCCAGCCAAAAAAGAUCUUUAAAGGGGCCAGAGUCACAAGUGAUUGAAUUUGAAGCAUGUCAAAGAAUGUAUGUGUGUGGUCUUUUGUGUUUUUGCAGCGUGUGUGUGUGCGCGUGUGUGUGUGUGUGUGCGUGCGUGCGUGCGUGUGUGUGUGUGUGUGUGUGUGUGUGUGUGUGUGUGUGUGUGUGUGUGUGUGUCUGUGUGUAAAGUGGGGGUGUGUUCGUGUGAGCAUGCUCUUUGUCAGUUCUAUAUGUGUGCACAUGUGGACUGUGCGUGCAUGCCUCGGAGUGCCUCUAUUUGUGUGUGAGCGUGUCUGUUUGUGUGUGUAUGUAUCUAUAUGUGUGUAGUGGCCCUCCUGAGUGUGUGUGUGUGUGUGUGUGUGUGUGUGUGUG